AAGCCCAUCGGUCCCGCCCUCGCGUUCGAUAUCUCGCGAGACUUCGCGCAGGCCUCCCUCUUUCCUUUCGGCCGCCGCCAUGCCGUCUAGACUGAGGAAGACCCGGAAGCUUCGGGGCCAUGUGAGUCACGGCCACGGCCGCAUCGGCAAGCACCGGAAGCACCCAGGAGGCCGGGGUAAUGCUGGUGGCAUGCAUCACCACAGGAUCAACUUCGACAAAUAUCACCCAGGUUACUUUGGGAAAGUUGGUAUGAGGCAUUACCACUUAAAGAGGAACCAGAGCUUCUGCCCCACUGUCAACCUUGACAAAUUGUGGACAUUGGUCAGUGAACAGACCAGGGUAAAUGCUGCCAAAAACAAGACUGGAGUUGCCCCCAUCAUUGAUGUUGUGCGAUCGGGUUACUACAAAGUUCUGGGGAAAGGAAAGCUCCCUAAGCAACCUGUCAUCGUGAAGGCCAAAUUUUUCAGCAGAAGAGCUGAGGAGAAGAUAAAGGGUGUUGGGGGCGCCUGUGUCCUGGUGGCUUGAAGGCACCCAAGGAGGUUCAUUAAAUGCUAGAAAGUGCUUUUCU